UUCGAAAAUAAACAUCAAAUCUGUUUCUGCUGAAAAUCGCGAACUGAAAACCAAUCUUCGUAUAAAAUCCUUGAAAUCGUUAAAAUCAUGAUGAAUUCAGAAAUGAGUAGCAGCAUGCACUCGGGUCGACCGGAAAGUGAGUUCAGUAUCGAGUGCUUUCAGAAUUAUACUGCGCCCGAGGUAUUCGUUCAAGGCCUGGCUGGGAUGGUCAACCAAACCGACGUCGAAGUUAUGAUACGAGCUCAGAAGCAAAUGCUUCAACGUUUUGAGAAGACCAAUGAAAUGUUGCUAAACUGCAAUGCCCUUAGCCAAAGCCGACUCAAAAUAGCUAGCGAAGAUUUUAAAAAGCACACAAAACUGUUGAACGAAAUGAAAAAAGACUUGGAUUACAUUUUCAAGAAGAUCCGUAAUAUCAAAACUAAACUGGGCAACCAGUAUCCGCAAGCUUUUGCCGAGGCUGAAGCUAAGAUCAAGCCCAUCAUCUUUGAUGAGGAAGAGGAAAUUGAUACAGCCAGUCGAGCCGAAACCCUUGACGAAUGCCCGAACACUGGCCAGUCACGGAUUGCUACUCCGGCAAAGAAAUUGUCUCAACUAAAACCGGAAUCUUCAGCCGAAUCUAAAUCAGAAACAAAACAACGGGGCGCUCAACUGAAGGAAAAGAAGAAAUCUAGCUCCGGUCCAGAAUCUGGCAUAGGUUACAUGAAGAUGGAGCAGAGUCCGGAGAAUCGAAAAUCUGGUAAAACCACCCCGAAUGACCCGAAGCGUCAGUCGAUGAUGUCCACCCAGAGUAGCUCCACAGAUAACUCGAACGAUUCAUCGGAGUGUACCUCAGAUACCGGAUAGAUUUCAAAAAUGUAGUGUAUUGUGUAGUAUGUACCUCCUAUCAGCAACAAGAAUUUCUGGUUGAUUUUUUUAAUUAUCGUUUUUGAAAUUGCCAGCAUGGCUUCUUUCCCAAGUAAAGCUAAGACUAGUUUAAGCUCCAUGCAAUUCUCCAUUAGUAGUCAAUCAGUUUUCUGUGAUGCAUUCCUAUUUAAGUUUUUUAUUUAAGUCAAUUGCCCAUUUUAGGCUAUAGUUUGAAAUGACAAUUUAUUGGUAUAGUUUAUGGAAAUAGGUAUGUAUUUGUGCUACUAAUAUCUUUAUACAUAUUUAAAAAAAAGAAACGAAUUUUCGACAACUUGAAUUAAAAAUUA